AUGUUGAACUUUUUAAUAUUUCAGAGACUUUACGUCAAGAGAACCGGCUCUUCUACAGACCGUUGUCUUCAUAACAAGCCAUGCGAUUAUCAGUACAUUCUCAAAAAUGCAAAAUCAGGAGAUUUCAUAACAAUUCUAGAUCCAGCCGUUCAUAAACCGAAAGAGCAUAUAUUAUUUCACCAAUUAAUCGCAAACUGUUCUAAAAUUGGCGUAAAUGUUGAUGGAAAUGGCGUUACAAUCGAUGGAAUUCAAACAAAUUACUCUUCAACAGCAUAUAUUGAUCUUCAAAAUAUCCAAAACAUGUCAUUAAGCAAUAUACACUUUAUAGAAUUCACUAAUCCUAUAUUUUCUUUUACAAAUUCAAAAAUUUCUCUCGAAAAUAUUUCAAUUUCAGGAUCAAAUAUACAUAAAAACGCAAUCCCCAUCAAUGCAAAGAAUUCCGAGAUCAAUUUUACACAGUUAUCACUUGAUAAAUGUACUUCUCACGAAAAAAUGUUUUUCAAGUUCACAAACUCUAUCAUUAACUUUGAGAAACUUAAUAUGAUGUAUCAAUUUGUAUUCCAUGAAUUCAAAAUGCCGAUUGUUUUAUCCAGAAACUCUAAAAUUACUUUUGACCUUUCUAAUUUCGAAAACAACAAUUCUCCAAGCGCUCCAUUCAUCAGACUUGAAGAUAAAAGCAUUGUCAACAUUACUAACUCCAAUUUCAAGACAAAUUCCCAUUCUGAUUUGAUUCAUUCUUAUCACGACAACAAAGCUACAAUUAUCAAUACUGUUAUUGAUGAUUACCAAGGCAGUUUGUAUUCGUCAACCUCCAAUGACCAGUUUUCCAUUUCUUCGUGUUUAAUCCGAAAUUCCGCUUCAACAAAAUAUCCGAUGAUUUAUACGAUCAGAUCUCAAGGAAUUAUCGAGUACACAAAAUUUGAGAACUGCGCUGGCCAAUCAAUUAUCGGAAGUUUUUCGAAAUCAAAAGUUACGAUAAAUAACUCGAUAUUUGACUCAAACAAGCCAUUGCAGUCCGUAGUAACAGCCGAUAUUAACUCUGAAGCAAUUGUAGAGAACUCUUCCUUUGAUAAUACUAAAGCUUUCAGAUCAAUAUUAUCUUCACUUCACAACAGCAAGAUAUCGAUUGGAAACUCAAUGAUAACCAACAGUUGGACAAAGGCAGUUGAUAUCAAUAUGUCUAAAGGCUAUAUUUCAAACACAACUUUUGAAUUUAAUUCUGGAUAUUCCCAGAAGAUUGCUAGCAACCAUUUUGGAUCAUUAUAUAUCUAUGAUUCUAAUUUCCAAGGUAAGAUACUCAAUGGAAUGAUUGAUAGCUUCGGAAAAACGAUUCUUGAAAAUAAUAAUUUUUCUUCAACUCAUCAAGAUGCUCUGCCAAGUAAUUUGUACUUCUUCUGUAAGGGUUGUAAGUUCCAGGAAUCAAUAAUCAACACAAAUGUUGAUAAACGAUCGAUUUUAGUUACUUUGGUCGCAUGUAUCGUUGCAGGUGCUAUUAUAUCCACAAGAAAAGGUAAUAUCCACUAUAUUAUUGGAUCUUUAUUUGAACAAAAUAAAGAUUACGAUUAA